AUGCCACUUGCUCAUCUUCGCGCAUACGAGUCCCCUUGCCGUGACCGCUCACAGUUGCAGCCCCAGCCACCACACUUUACCUCAUCGUCGCCGGGCCCAUGCCCAUUCCCCAAGUUCCCGAAGGACCCUACUACCCCGACCUCCAUGCGGGAACACCCGUAUUACCACUGGGCGAAUCAGUCGCCAUCGGUGGACGGGAGAAGCAGUGAGGGAUCAUCGUCCACUCGGUCAACCGUCCGGCAAGACGAGCCGCCCUCGACGGCGCUACCGGAGGCGAAGCUGCCAACUCCCGAGAAGGAGCUCGUCAAGGUUAACCGGAUCAACCCCCAGCGGGCCCGAGAGGCCAGAGCCCGGGCCGGAGCCGCCGCUCGUGCUUCACAAGCACUGAAGGACAUGUACACCGACCUUGUUAGCGGCGAGAAGUUUGGUCCAGUCCGUCUUCGCGCGUCAGACGGCAACAACUAUCGGUAUGGCAUCAUCCACCUGCCAACGAAGAGCCAAGACAAAUGGAAGGAGCUGUGCGUUAUGCUCCGUCUCCUGAGUGAGGUUCUAGCGGACGCUCCUUCUUGCCCAGAGCUUCAAGUCUCCACUGUCGUCCGCGACAGGGAGGAGGCAGCAAACCCCUCGCCUCCCCGCCGCCAGCCGUCACCCUCCCACAGUGCCUCAGCCGACGAGGACGACCAUAUCAGCCACAACAAGAGAGGCGGUGUACCCUCUGUACUCGUGUCGGGCCACAACGAUGGCCAGGCCGAGAACAAGGACAACACCGCUCUCAUUGAGCGGAUGUAUGGUGACCUCUCCGGAGUCAAGUCGGAGACGGUCUCGUUGCUUAGACAAUGCAACGCGGCAGUGAGCAAUGCCGAAAAGGCCAAGGAGUACGGGCAGUUUGUCCGGAAAAGACUGUUGCGCUAUGAGGACCGAGUCGAACAACUUGAGGGCGAGCGCGAUUCCCUCCACGCCGAGUGCGCCGAACUCCGCAGCAAGAUCGAGGAGCAGCAAAAAGAUAUUGAUCAGCUCAAGGCGCUUGUUGAGAGACUGCUGCGGACGAAGGUGGAGGAGACGAAGGGCAAAGGACGAUGGAGUAGGAGACGCUGA